AUGCUACGUUUUGAAGCAUGUGAUUGUGGUGUACCAAAACGUUGUGCUUCAUCGAUAUGGGUACAAUUAGUUGUUGAUCCAAAUGAAUUCCCACAUCUUAUUCAAUUAUCCCACUUAACCAAUUAUUUAAAUCCAUCAUUAGUGAAUAGUAAUCAUGAUAAGUUGAAUAAACCGCUACAUUUGAUCAAUCAACCUAUUGAACCUAUUGAACGUAGUGAAAGAGCUAUGCUAUCUGGCUAUCUCACUUCUGAUUUAAACAAUAAUAAUAAUAAUAGACAUUUUCAUGAAAAUGAUAAUUCAGCUAAUAGUAUUGAUAUGAACAAUCAUUAUUCACAAACUGCUUCAAAGUAUAAAAAUCUAUGGCAUGUUAAAUCUUCAUCUCUUGAUCAUCGUCAACAUGAAGAACAAGUGAGAAAUCAAUAUUCUUCACUUCAUAAUCAACAAUUAUUUGAACAUAAAUUUAGAAAAUCAUCAAGUUUAAAACCUUCUGAACAUAAUGAAAACUAUAUGAAUCAUGAUAACAACAAUUUGUCGAAUAAUUUUGUGAUUAGUGAAGUUGCAAUUGUUUGCUUAGUGAUUGUAUUCGUCAUUUUAUUAAUUGCUAUUAUGGUAAUGAUUUAUUUAACACGACGAAAAACAUUUUUAUUCCCUGUGACUAAUUCUAAAAUCAAGUUAAAAGGCGGCAAUGUUAAAUCACAUCCAAAUGGUAAUGUAACAAACAAUGAAACAUUAUGCUCACCAAUAGAACUUUCGGAGAAUGCCUCUUCAUUUUAUCGUACAAUGCCAGAAAGUAUGAUGAAUAACAGAUGUCUGUAA